GUCUCUCCUUGUCCCUGCCAGUCCCAGUGUGUAUGAUGAGUAGCAUGACCAGCGUGGGGAGGUCCAGGGCACUGUCUCCUGGUGGCGUUGGGAAGGAGAGGGAGCGGGAAUCGUCUCGUGACAACGACAGACUGAAAACAGUGUCUCCAUGCAUCAAAGGUCAACCCAGAACAGUUUCACCGGGCAUGAUAGGGGGUCCCUGUCAGACCACUACUGAGACCAUCCGAGUGACAGACAUAUUGGACUCCAAACCAGAGCCAACCAAGGCCCCUGUCAGGAUCCGGCCCCCCAGCCCACGUCCCCCGCCACCCAAGGAGCCCAUGUUCGUUUGCAGCCUGUCCAGUGACCCUCCCACCCAGCCCAUCAUAAGACGCAGGGCCCAGUCUCUGCCCUCGGUCCACGAGAGAAUCAGAGACCACCAGGUACGCUUCCUGGACUCCUUGGGGCUGGAGCUGGAGGAUGUCAAGGUGUUCAAGAAGGGGGAGGAGCCUCGUAUCCCCGCCCACGUCUUCUCCAGACUCCUGAUGAGCUCUGAGAUGAACUCAGGCCGGUCCCUGGAGCUUUCCCUGCCCUACUUCAAGCCCUGCUUCCCUGAGAACAGGGGCUCCCUACCAGGGUUUGUUCAGCGCCUGGUGGGGCAGGUGGUCUCUCUGGAUCAGGUCCUGUGUUCUGAGCUGGGCAUCAUCGGCACGGUGCAGGUCCUCAACCUGGCCUUCAACAAGGAGGUGACAAUCCACUUCUCCUUCACCAACUGGAGGAGCAGUGCUGAGACCAGAGCCUGCUGGGUGGCUACCCUCCACAGGGAUCAGAUGGAGGGACCAGAGUCUGAUGUAUUCCGGUUCCGUCUGCCCGUCCCGCCCUUCAUCCUGCUGCCUGGAGCCCAGCUGGAGUUCGCUGUGUGUUACAGAGUGAUGGGAGCUGAGUACUGGGACAACAACGAUGGGAACAACUACAAACUGUCSUGUCACAGCUACACACUCACUGUGCCCCGGGAGUGUGAGGACAGCAUGGUGCACUACACCUGACUGGCCACUUGGGGCCACCAGAGCUGUAAACAGAUAUCUACUAUAUUUUAUUUGUAAUUUAAUUUGACCUUUAUAUUACCUAAAUUUAAAAGGGGGACAGAAAUGUAGACAGAGAUUGAUAUGCAUCUACGGUAUAUUGCUCUGGGGGAGAUCGAUAGCACAGCUGCACCAAAUGGACUGACAGUACACAUGUCUGCCUAUAGGAAAAGAAUAUAACUAGAUGGUCAUUUUCCAUCAAGAACAAUUGGUGGGACUUGUUUUAACGCUUUAUUUCUGUGGUAGUGGAAGAAGUUUAAUAUGUUUUACUUAGGACAAGAAGUUAAAGUCAAAGUUAAAUUUAGUAAAAUAAUUGGUCUGAUUACUUUGAUAGUUUACACAGUCAACCUUAUUACUUUGGAUUGUGGGGCAGUUAGAUCACAUAUUUAACCACAAAUAACUACACUCAGACUAGCCUACUACACUUUUAUACAGUCUCCUACUAGAAUACCACGGCAUAGACCACCAUGGUAUAGACCACCACGGUAUAGACUACCGCGGAAUAGACCACCACAGGAUAGACCACCACAGUAUAGACCACCACAGGAUAGACCACCACAGGAU